AACGCGCGUUUUUAAAUUGACGCGCCUCAAAGCGCGCGUCUCGAAGGUUCCUCGUGGACCGCGCGACUGCAGCGCGCCUCGAGUUUCGAUAGUUUGAAUUGUACCGUACACAUGUGAGCAGUCGAGCGCGCGCUUUUGAGUGAGUGACAUCUUCUGUAAUCAGUCAUGGAAACUCAGUCACACUGUUUUUGAUACGGAACUUUUCAUUGAAGAUAUGGGACAUGGAGUGUGCCGACUACAAAAACAGAGUAUUGAAAAGGACCGCGUGGCAUCAGUUGGUGGAAAUAUUCUCAAAAGAAGGUUGCUCAGAGGAGCAAAAGAAAAUUCUUGGGAAUACAUUGCAAAAGAGAUGGAAGAGUCUGCGUGACAAUUUUGCCAGGGAAUUGAGAAAAAGGAAGACUAAAAAAUCUGGAUCUGGAGCAAGCAACUCUACUCCUUACAUUUAUUUUUCAAGACUUAAAUUUUUGGAAAAUACAGUCAAUAACAAAUUGACAACAAGUAACUUGGACGACCAUGAUAAGGAGGAUGUCACCUUGGAGGAGGGAGAAGCGGAUACUGAGGAUCUGACCAUGCCAGAAAAACACUCCGACUUGCCAGUAAGUAACAAAAAAAUUAAGUUGAAUCCAGCUGAUAAACAUUUUUCGGACAUUAUACAAAAAAGUAUUGCAAUGAGGGAACAGAGAGAAGUUGCCAAGAGUAAUGAAGACGAUGACAAAUUAUUUUGCCUUUCUUUGUACAAAGAACUGAAAAAGAUCCCAGAACAUGGUAGAAUUAGAACUAAAAUUCAGUUACUCGAAACCUUACAACGAGCACAAGAUUUCUAUAGCCCAACUCCCACUAAUGAGCUUCCAAGACCUGCACAGUAUCAUCUGCAGCAUCAGAACCAACACUACCAACCCAUGUCGAACAUACAAUAUGAAAAUGAAACAUCAAGAGCUUAUUCAACUCAAGCUCCCCAAACCCGAGUACUACCAGCUGUCUCACCAACAGAGAGUUUUAUUUCUGAUCCGAAUUCCGAAAUAAUGGACUUGUAUUAAUACUUCAGCUUCUCAUGUAUAAAAUUUCAGUUUGAUUUUAUUAUUUUGUUUUGAUUCUUUGUGAUUUUUGUUUUAUAUUUCAUACAGGUUUUAUAAUUGUGACACAUAAUUUAGAGAGUAACUAAACUAAUAUUCUACUUAAAAAUAACUUUAAUUAUGUAUUUUUAAAGAAACGUUGGUGCAUCUAUAUAUUUAUUUGUAUCAUUAUAUGCAGCUUGAGCAAUAAACUUACCUCAGUGUGAUUACGAGUUUUUCUUCUGGUGAAAUACAAUCCCUUACAAAGUUUUCACAAGGUGCCAGAUCAUCCUGAAUUAUUGCCAAUAACUCGUCAAA